GGCAACAGUAACCAACACCAACUGAUGGCUAAAUACAACUAGUUAAGCCGCAAAAGAAGGGUAUGCAAUAGCAGCGUAAGCGCUGAUUUGUUGACAAACUAAAAUCCUACCCUUAGAAAAGAAAACGGAAAACUUUAUUUCCAAAGAUAACAAAACAGUAGGCAAGGGAGUCGGGUAUUUAACACCUGUACGAACCCCCCAUUAUCUGCAACCAAAACAGGUUGUUGCAUAUAUAAAAUACCGGAUUCCAAUAAAACAAAGUUGCAUUUUGUUGCCACCCUUGGUUCACAAAAUUGUCAAGGUGUUUCUUUUUGUGCAAAAUCCUUGAUUCCGGGGAAAGGGAAUAAGGAAAAUGGCGAAGAUAUCAUUUGUUUUUAUGCUGUUGGCUCUGCCAUUAUGUUUAGUUUUGGGCCAAGAAGAUUGGGAGGAUCUUCUGGGCCAAGGAGGAUUCUCUCAAGAUGCUUUGAACAAGGCCCAGGCAGCUUUAGGUGCUGCUUCUGCCCAAGCAGCUGUCAAUGAUUAUUUUGGACUUGACGACUCUCCUCCGGAAGCCGCGCAUGGAGAACAAUCAUCCUUGGCUGACUUUUUAGACGCCGACAAUAGUACAAGUAACGACAAAGGAGCUUCACCCACAGGGUCAACAACAGUAGAAGCACCAGAAGAUUCACCUGUAGACGACGUUGAUGAAUCCGAUGAUUCUUUCUCACCUGCAGGGGCACCACUAAAUUGGCCCAAUGAGGCACCUAAUCAAGCACCAAGCAAUGCACCAAUGGGAGCAUCAUUAGAAGCACCUGAAUUAGCACCUACAGAAACACCAACAGAAGCACCUGAGUUAGCACCUACAGAAACACCAACAGAAGCACCUGAGUUAGCACCUACAGAAACACCAACAGAAGCACCUGAAUUGGCACCUACAGAUGCACCUGAAUUGACACCUACAGAUGCACCAACAGAAGCACCUGAAUCAACAUCCACAAAUGCACCAGCAAAAACACCUGAAUUGGCACCAACAACAAAUGCACCUAUGCAAUCACCUACAGUUGAAGAGGCUGACGAAGACGAAUUGGCACCAACAAAUGCACCUACUGGGGAACCAGAUGAUGAAGACGAGUUUGAUGAUUCUCCAUCAGCACUCACAAAUUACGAUAAUGAUGACGAUUCAUAAGAUAAUAAUGUCACACUAAUUGAUUUUUAUUGACAGACAUUUUUAUAUAUUUCGUUGACACUGAAAACUAAUUUGGAGGGUGAUGAUAUCUACUUUGAGACUUAUAAUGCAACACCCAUCAUUAUUUUGUUACCCUUUAACAGAUGUGCUAAAAAAUGAGCCUAUUUUAUUUUAUCGGGAUAAGACUUUUGUUGUUUAACAAAUAUGUGUAAUUUCUAUCACCUUAUUGU